AUGCCGCAGAACGAUUAUAUCGAGCUUCACAGGAAAAGGUAUGGGUAUCGAUUUGAUUAUUUUGAGAAAACACGAAAAAAGGAAGCAAGAAAAGUUCAUAAAGAAUCGUUAAAAGCUAAAAAACUAAGAGGAAUAAAAGCAAAAAUAUACAAUAAGAAGAAAUAUACCGAAAAAGUAAAUCUUAAGAAAACAAUAAAAUCACAUGAACUUAAGGAUGCAAAGAGCUCUCAAAAAAUACAUGACGAAAAUGGAUUACCUGCAUAUUUAUUAGAAAGAAAUCAAACACAACGUACUAAAGUUUUAACAAAUUUACUUAAACAAAAAAGAAAAAGUAAAGCAGGAAAAUGGGAACUUCCUGUACCUAAAAUUCAAGCAUUAAACGAAGGUGAAAUGCUAAGAGUUGUAAAAUCAGGUAAAAGAAGAAGAAAAACAUGGAAAAGAUUAAUAGAUAAAGUAUCAUUUGUUGGCAAUGAUUUUACAAGAAAAAACCCAAAAUUCGAAAGAUAUAUUAGACCUAGUAGUUUAAGAUUUAAAAAAGCAAAUGUAUAUCACAGCGAAUUAAAAACAACACUUUCUUUGGAUAUAUUAAGUGUUAAGGUUAAUCCUCAAUCAAACUUAUAUACAAAUUUAGGAAUUAUAACAAAGGGAACAAUAAUAGAAGUUAAUGUAAGUGAUUUAGGCCUUGUUACCCAAUCAGGGAAAGUUAUAUGGGCAAAAUUUGCGCAAGUAACAAAUAAUCCAGAGCUUGAUGGAUGCAUUAACGCUACAUUACUUGUUUAA